UUCUAACAUUCUUGGAAACCACAAGAUACUUAAAGGGUUAAUAGAAAUGUGAUUAUCCCAUCUUGUGAUCCCAUUUCCAGCCAUGAAAGAAAGUAUUUUAUUGUUGCAGAGUGGGUCAUAUGUGGGCACAUACUAGUUACAGAACGGUCUGGAGAGCGUGUGUACCCUGAGAAUUGUAGCAUACUGAUCAGACCAUUAUGUGUCCUGAUGCCAUGGGGGUGGGGAACCGACCGUAUUGAGGAGUGUGAGAGCAGUGUCAUGGAAACCAGGUUCCCGACUUCUGGGGGUCCUGAUGUUGUACUUGGCCUCCAAAGACUCUCUUUUGCCUACCAGAACCUCUCUGAGAUUCCCUAUGAUCCCAUUCUUCUCCAACUGGACACCCUGGAGAUCCUGGACCUCAGUUAUAAUUUUCUGGACGACCCAGCUCUUUUGGGGGGGCUGGAGAAGCUCAGCACACUCAUCCUGGAUUGCAACAACUAUAAUGCACAUGUGAAAUUCCCCUACAUGCCCAGCCUCACCACUUUAUGGAUCAACAAGAACAAAAUCAGCAACCUUCCUAUUAUUGUGGAGGAGAUCAGCUGCAAAUUUCCAAAUAUCAAAUUUAUUAGUAUGAUGAACAAUGAAGCAGCACCCAGUUACUUCAAUGGAGGGAGUCUAACCCAAUAUAUGGAUUACAGGCAGUAUGUGAUCAGUCAAAUUCCCAGUCUGGAGGUGCUGGAUGACACAGAGGUGCAGGAAAAAGAACGAGCGCUGGCCCGGAAAACCUACAGGAUGCAGAGAAUCAGAGAAGGCAGCAGAAAGAGGAAGGAGCUUCAUCGCUAACAACACAUUGUUAAUCAUAUUAUAAGCUUUAGCCAGGCUGUAUACAAACUAUUUGCAAUCCAAGUACUUAUUCCAAAAGCCUGUUGACAGCCCUUACGAAAAUUAAUAACUAUGAGUAACCAUAUUUUUUAUAGUUUUAAUCAUAAUGGGCAAAAACAUGGAUUUGCUACACUAAUCAUAGUUUAUCCAUGUUUUUUAUUAUAUAAUACUUUUUUAUUAUAGGCUAUAUUUUAUUAAAAUAAUUGGGGCAUAACAAUAAUUAUUUUAAGGUAACUAUAGUAGGCUAACCAUGUUUUCUACUUUAUCUAUUCUAAAACCAUGUUUAAUUUCCGUAAGGGAGAACUGAAUUUAAUUAUGAACCAAAACAUGUUUGCACUUUGAUUUGAAGCCACAACAAAUAAAUAUUAAACAUGUUCGACUGAACAAAUAAUCUGUGUUUUUAAAAAAAUGGUGGAAAUGUUUUUAGUGUGGUUGGAAAAACAUAAAAUAAUGUUUGCAGUAGGUAACUUUUAAGUGCAGAAAUGCUAUAUUUAAUCUAUUAUAUAUACAGUACUGUGCAAAAGUCUUAGGCCACCAUGCCAGAAUUAGAUUUGUUGUUUUUGCAAUGUAGUGAUCAUAUUUAAUUGUUUCUCAGUAUCUUUAAUAGAAUACAUCCAGAAAAUACAGGAAAUGUGUCAAGUUUUUAGGGUAAACUCCCCUUCCACUUGAGGUCUUAAACCUAAAUAAAAUUAAAUCCUAAUUUCUAAUUUGAAAGAAAUUAGUCUUUUUAGUUUAUUCUGCUCAAAAACCCUUAUAGAUCUAUCUAUAGAUGUUUUUAGUGCCAAGAUGUCACUUAACACUGACGAUGCCUAAAUAAGACAUUUAGUUCUGAAAAUGAAUUUUUUUACAUGUUUCCUGUAUUUUCUGUUUGUUUCUUAAUAAAAUAAAUCGAAAAAUAAAAAAACUUCUAAAACAACAAGUCUGGUGGACAUUUGCACAGUACUGUAUAAUUCAUCUAAAUUUAUUUUAUAAUAAAGUUGCAAAAAAAGCAUCAACCAGCAAUUUGAAAUUAGGCAAGAAUUGCUUUCUUUAACUGUUAAUUAAACAUCGUUUUCUUAAUAUUCAUGUCCUAAAUUAUAAUAUUACAAACCCCCACCCCAUUUUUAUCAUAUAUAUCGGGCUAAACAGCUACGUUUGAAAAUAUGUUAUGUGCUCAGCGUUCAUUUGAACAGCUAUGAACUACUCUGUUCGACCUUUACCACACAUUCCCAUUCAAACACAGAAGAGCUGAUUCAUUACCGUAAUGACUGUAGUAUAAAAUACAUUUUUGGACGAUUUUUCACUUUACAGAACUUACCACGCGUUGCGUUUAAAAUUAAUCUGCAGGACGGAAAAAUCUUUAAAGUAAUGUCCUCUGUUUUAAAAUGAUUUUACAGACGCGUUUUAUCCAACAGUGACUUGCAUGUAAUCUAUACAUUUUACCAGUAUGUGUGUGUGUUU